GACCUCCUUCUUUCCCCGGCCUCCUUCCUCUUUCUUCCCCCGGCCGAGCGACCUCCUUCUUUCCCCGGCCUCCUUCCUCUCUCUUCCCCCGGCCGAGCGGCUGAGCGGGUGGGACGAAGGCCUGGAAGCACUGGCGCUGGUAAAACCUGAGGAGAAGCGGGCGCUGCCGUGACCUCGAUCCCCUCAGGGAAUCCCGAUCCGCCUCGGAGUGUCCACGCAGUGUGAUGGUGAACGCUAUGGCAUCCUCAAGCCUGGAAGAUUUAUGCCUCUACAUCAGUUUGAGGAUUUCAAAUAUUAAAAAGUGUAUCAUAUUGAGAGACCUAGGUAAACACGAUUCCUGCAAACGUUUUCUCCAUAAAAUAUGUAACGAGGGGAUCCUUGUACAUGAGCUCCUGCAAGCAAUGGAAAUUCAAGUUAAAAAGCAAGAAGAACUGAAAAAAUCGCUCAAAGAGAUCCAGAAGUCUGCUGAGAGAGCUCAAAAGGAAGCAUGGCACCUCCUUGAACACAUGCCACGCUAUCUGCCUAAACCACUCCAGGUCUGCAACGUGGAGCCAACUGUGAAACACAAAGAAGAAACAAAGGCUGUAGAACCCAAAUGUGAGAAGAAACCUGCAAAAGGAAGAGCCAUUAAAGAAGUAGCAUUAAUAACCACAGAAGAGUUUGAAAAUGUUCCCGCGUAUAUGAAAGGCCGUAUAACAUAUGAUCAGAUUAAUGCAGUUGUUGAAGAGAUUAACAAGGCCGUGGUGGACAAGUACAAGAUCUUGUAUCAGCCUUUGAAGUCUAUGAGUGCACCAGUCAGAAACCUCUACCACCGGUUCAUAGAAGAAGAAACUAGGGAUACAAAUGGAGUAUUUUUUAUUGUGGACAAUGAUAUCAAGCAGUUCACUAAGCUGAAAUUGGAUAAGCGCUUCUACAUCAUGCUCAGCAUCCUGAGGCACUGCCAGAGAGUGAGAGAGAUCCGCAGCUCGGGGCUCGUCCGCUACGUCAUCUGCUAAUAGCUGCCUCUGGGAGAGAGACCUGACCUGCCACCAGACAGCACGGAGGACAGGGAGUGGUUUGUCAGGCUGAAUUAGGAGUGGCGUUGAAGCUUUUGAGUUUUAUUUUGUGAAGUCUAAGGAACUAUAAAUCCUAACCAGAAAAGCAUCUGGGCAUGCUUUCUGGUCAACACCUGAAAAUAAAAUGCUCCUUAUUAACAGUGCUCCUUUCGUCC